AUGACAGAUAUGGAUACAGGGAUGGAAGGUAGAAAAGACAGAAUUUCGUCAUCAGAUCAUUAAGGCUAAGUGUACACUCGCAGGGCUGGAAAUUAGUCAUGCUAGUUAAGUAACUUUCCUUGUUGACUUACCUCAUGGGCAGCCCAGUCAAGUCCUCAUUGCAUAAUGAAACUAAGACAACCAUGAAACUGCUCUUGGCAAGUAAAAUUGGAUCUUGUGUACUUUUGGCACAAUUUGGCCGAGUAUUGGUUGACACUCUCUGCUCUUAUUCUUUGGACUUGUAGCCAACAUAGAGAUGUUAUUUAGAUAUGGACUGACAAUUAGCUGAUGUAAUUGUCAUUUGGUGAUGCUCAUGUCAACUGGUAUGUCAUCCAAUAUGUUGAUUGAGUGUCUGUCGUGCAUCCGCCAUUAUUUUGACCUGUCUGAUAAUUGAAUAUAACUUAUGUCAUAUUACCCAUGACAUGUCAACAGAUGGUCAACCAAUAUAUUGACCAUAGUAUUGGCUGAUAUGUCAGCAGCCAAUACUAAUAACUUUUUUUGAGUUGUCAUAUUAAGUGUAGUCAUGCAUACACAUGUAAAUAACAGAAAAAUAUCUGCUAGAUGUUCCUGCCGCAUAUGAUGACAUGCCAGAGUAUACUGCUGACUUUGAUGAUGAUCUUGGUGAUGCAGAAGCUAUCCAGGCUUUAUCAAAUGUAGAAAAGAAUCAUGAUGUAAAACCUCACGUCAAGGUAUUUUACUAUAUUGAUUCAAUAUUGAUUCAAUACCAGGUUAUUCAUCAAGGUCCCCUACUAUAUCAAUUCUACAUUGAUUUACUAUAUGGAUUCAAUAUUGUUUCAAUACCAGGUUAGCCUUGUUUUGUAGGACCAAGCUGUUCCAACGAAGUAGUCUAAGAAGCUGAUUCAGGCUUAAGCAGCCUUUGUUUUCCUACAAUUUAGUUUCGACUUAAACCAAAAAACCUUUUAAGUUACUGAAUUCAUGUUUUCCAAGAAAUUGUAAAAUUAAAAAUUCUUCUCAGUCUUUUCAAGACCACCUUUAUUUUACAAUGAAACUUUGUUCAUCUCUUGACUCACUUCUCCUUCUAUUCAACAUUAUUAUUUUUGAGAAAGCUACUGUUGACUAUCAGGAAUAAUCUUACUCCAUAUACUUUCCAUUAUCCUCUCAGGUUGAGGCUAAUGAGAAGCCAAAUGACAGAAGAUGUGCUAUGCCACAGAAGUAUGCAAUUCUAUUAUGA